UUACGAUACACCCAGACAUCGUCCGCGCAUCGUCUAAACCUAUCGUGUUACCAAUAAAAUGAAGUUCAUUUACUCAGUCGUGUUGUUUACCAUUCUACUGCAAGUGACGUUUGCACUCGAAUACAAAGACUACUGGGAUGAAGACUGGGACAAAAAGGAUGACAGUGUUGAGUCGAAUGAGGGCUACUCGGAUGACCCGAAACCCCCUGUAUACGAUGUGAAACAAGCGCCAGUGUUGUUCAGACGGUUCGUUGAAGACUAUGACAAGCAUUACAAAAAUGAGGAAGACUACAGGAAGCAUUUCAAAAAUUUCGUCAACAACCUGGAGGAUAUAAACCGACUGAAUGCGGAAGGCGGGACUGCUACGUUUGAUAUCAACAUGUUUGCGGACUUGAGUGAUGAUGAACUGAGGGAACUCAGGGGUCGUGAACUGAACUAAGUGACGCAGCAUAUUGAUGCUGGUGAGGAGUUGAGGAGCCUGCGCUAAUCUCAGCGACAAGGCUGCUACACUUCCUGCUCUUGGUUCCUGCAAUAAACCAAUAAAAUUAUAAAGUGACUGUGUUACAUUAAAAUAAAAUUCAACAGUUGAAAUCAG